AAUUCUAGUAACCUGUUCGUCAGUCUCUUUCCUUGCUCCCACCCUCUCCCAGUCUCUCUCUGUCACGCGCUCCUCACGAGAAACCGGCGAGACGUAUACGACACCGACACGAACACCGCGCAGGCACUACGUCCACCAUGCCUCCGAAGAGAGUCGGCCAUCGCGCCUCGAAGGGCUACUUCGCCUCCGUCUACGAGGGCAUCACGUCCCCAGACAAUGCGCCCCUCGUGCGCAGUUUGGCCGUCUUCGGCGCGGCCGUGGUUUUCCUCGCCAGUCCUCUGAGCGAAUAUCUUCUUCCACCGUGAGAUCCCGAAGCAAGAUACCCAGACGAAUCUCCGUUCGAGAGCUAACUUGCGAUUCGAGAGCCUGAACACACACCCACGCCC